AUGAACCAAGAUGUUCAUAUAAUGCUAAAAUUUCAAAUUAUCGCAAUAUUUAUCAUUUGUACCAUAGAUUGUAUAUUAUUAAACAAGAAUCCAGUACAUGAAGGAUUUAUUACACAUCAGUUUGGAAAUAAUUAUAAAACAUUCCAAAUAAGGGAUUCUGUAAUAGUAGAACCACCUUUUGACCCUGGAGGAAUCAUAGUGGAAACGGAACACUCAAGAGAUUUAAAAAAUGUAUUCUUUUUCAAUGUCGCACAUAAACUAAAGGAAGGAAGAAAACUACUGGAGUCAUUUACAGUGCCCCUUAGUAAACAAAAAUUAGCAAUGGAACAUUUUAAGUUAUAUUUCAACAAUAAUUUCUCAACUAAAACCAAACAGUUGUCCGAAAUAGUGUCAGACUUUGAGGCAACAAAAUGUGAAAUAAAAGAAACCGUAAGAAGAAUUGAAGAUGUGUUUGUAUCAGAAAUCGAAAAUAAAUUCGAAUAUGUAGAAAAUAUUUCAGAUCUUGAGGUUUUAAAUAGACAAGUCGAGAUUUUGUACGGGGCCGAUUUAAUGGCAUCUUACAUUCUCUUGUUUACUUCAAGAUUAACCAGAAGUGUGUUAUACAAGUACAUUUGGAGUAAUCAUGCAUUCUUAGAUUCUGAUAAGGAGUAUCUGUGUUGUAAUUGGAUAGUUAACGGAGGUGUUCAUGACACGGAGUUGCAUAAAAAGUUCAGUUUGGAUGAACUCACAAAUGAAGAUUUGGUAGAUAUAAUAAGAUUGCAUAAGAAUUAUUUAACAUUUGUAAAGGUAAGAUCCCGGAAAGUUUUGAGUACUCUGGAUAGGAAAUCAUUAAUUUCGAUUUUUCAAACUAUAUUAAUGAAGUCCAUAUGGGCACACUAUAUACAUGAACCUUCGAAUAUAUCAAUAGAUAAAAAUAAAGAAGUUGGCGAAGAGAAAGAUGAAAUUGCUAAUAAAAAUAAAGAUGAAAUGAUUGAUAAUGAAACUUUGAAAUUUGAAAGAGAAGAAGAACUUGAGGAUGAAUUUGAAGGGAAAGGACAUUUGGAUAACAUAUAUAAUUGGAUAAUGAAAUAUAAAAAUAGACCAAAUAGUGAUAUAAAAGGAUUACGCUAUUUAGAAAAUAGAGAAUCUAACAAGUUGAAGGAGACAAUAAACACAUUAGACUCAAUGUUGGUUAAAACUAAAGAAAAACUUAGUCACCUUAACAAAUCCCUGUAUAACUAUUAUAAAAGAAUGAGAAAACGUAAAAUAAUUCAAGAUAGUGAAUCACAGAUAAAGGAGGAAGAGGUAAGAGAAGGCGAAGAGUUAAGAUUUUCACUAGAAGUAUUGAUAAAUUAUUACAAGGAUACUUUGGAUGGACUGAGUGGAUUAUAUGGAAAGAUAAGAAAGGAAGAAAAUGUGAAGUUCCUUAAUAACUUGAUAGAGUAUGAAAAACAUGACCUGCUGAACCUACUAUUGAUAUAUUUACCAGCAAUACCUGAACUUAAACAAAUUACAGACAAACAAGUGUACCUAAACUAUUUGACUUUGAGUAAGAUAACAUUGGUUAAAUUAGUCUAUAUAGCAAUGAUCAGAACAAGUCCAGUUUAUGUCCCAUUCAUAAAUCACUACUAUUCUCUAGUAGAUAGUGGUCAAACUGAUAUAGAUAACACUAAAUUACUGAAGGAACGAGAAGAGAUUUUAAAACAUUCCGAGAAUACUAGUGCUAGUGAUGAUGUAUUGGCAUUUGAAUUCGAUGAAAUUGAUACUGUAAUUAAUAAACUUAGUGAAGUGAAUCCAUUGACUGGGAAGAAAGUUGUAAACCUGAGAAAGGUGAGAUUAGAUAAUAAGUCAAGACAAGUGGUACUAUUUGGUACUAGGAGAACCGAGCAGGUGACUAAAUCGAUACUAAAACACCCACCACACUUUCAAAUUGUACUAAAGCUUCUAAGUAAGAACAGCUAUUCCAACAGUGCUGUAAAAGAAAAUCUGGAAUAUCUCGAACAAAAUUACGGAAAACAGGUACAAACCCAUGAGAAAUUUGAUAAAAAUUGUCCAACCGGUUCCUCAGAAUCUGAAGAAUUGAAGAAAAUAAUAAGAACUAAAAGACUUGAGAAUUUGCUAAGCCUUUUGAACGAAAAUGAAUUAAACGAAAUUUACUCAGAGUUCCUAAAAUACAUUUAUCCAUUCAAUAGUGUUGAUAAGGGAGAAGUAGGUGGAUAUUUAGAAGAAGUUCUAGAUCAACGAAUAUUGGGAGACGAAUUACUAGGAGAUGAGAAUAUGGAAAUAGUGUAUAAUAGUGAUUUAUUAAAUGAAAUGAAAGGUAAUAUUAAGACAGAAAAUAAUGUUAUUGAAAUCAUGAAAAGGUAUUUAAGCUUAAUUAAAAGUAGAGUUUAUGACACCGUCAAAGACUCAAUUCUGACAUUUUUAUCACAGACAAUUCCAGAUAGUGAUGAGAAGAUAAAAGAGUUGUCGGAAAAAAAUGAUGUUGAAGUGAUAAAUGAAUUUAAGGAAUAUCUAAAAGAUUUGGAACAAGAUGAAAAUACUUUGAGAAUUGAAUAUAACACGGCACCGCAGUGUAAAACGACAGAUAGUUACUUCAAAAGGACAAAAAACAUGUUUAACAUUUUGCCAACAAAGUCUAAAAAAUAUAUAGAGGGAGCAAGAGAAACUAAAUUAUAUAGUACAGAGGAAGAUAUUACAUUCAUAAAACAACCAUUUUCAGAAAUUGAUGAAAUAGUUGAUGGUGUUGAUGAGAGUGUGUUUAAGAGAGAGAAAGAAAAGCCCUCAAUUGAUGAUAUAUAUAAGAUGGUUUUCUCAAGAAAUAUUACUAGUGCACCAAAGGAUAGAAUAGAAAAGUUAAAUUUUAGUGAAAAUGUAAUUGAAAAAUGGACUAAAUUGGGACUGAGUAAAAAUGUGGCAAGAUCAGCAUUAUCAUACCUCUCAAACAAUUAUGGGAAUAAAUUUGAACAGAUGGCAUUUAAACCAAGUUUGAUACAGAAAUUAGCUAUCGAAGAGGUUUUGAAUAAGAAUAGAAAAAAUUUGGUAAUUUCAGGAUCAGUUGGAGGUGGGAAAACUUUGGCAUAUUUACUACCGAUUCUGCAAAGGUUGAAGGAGGAUGAGUUGACCAAUUUGAGAGAACCCUCAUCACCAAGAUGUUUAAUUAUAACACCAACAACGGAAUUGUGUUCAGAAAUACACAAAGUGGUGAAGAAACUAUCACACCUGCUAAAGAUAACUGGACUCCAAGUCUCAAAAGGAGUUUAUAGUAAUAUUAUUAGGGAUAAACUUAAAGGACUAGUAGAUGUGGUAGUAGCAACGCCGUCUAGAUUGCUAAAAUUUAGAAAACUAUUAAACUUCAAUAAGUUGAAAUAUGUAGUCUUGGAAGAAUCUGACUGCUUAUUCAACGAAGGGUUCUUCCCAUUGGUUUACACAAUAUUACAGCAGAUACCCAAUUACUCACAUAUCAAUAACCAAAAGAGUGCUGAGGCUCAGAUUAUACAAGUGGCUUCAAACAUUAGUUAUUUAAAGUUCUUCGAGUCUAUACAUAAGUCAUUCACCAAAUUUCUCAAUAAAUCCAAUGCAGGUACUGAUCCCAAUCAAGAAGAAGUUGAAAGAAUAAAUCUGGUAAAGUUGUUUGGAAAACAUAAGAAAAGACUUGAGUUAUAUAAACAUAUUGUUAGUUACUACUUUAAACCUCUGGAAAGUGAAACUAAAACCACUAACCGCUCAAAUGUUAGAAAUAAUAUGUUUGACUACAAUAAGAGGAUUAUAGAUGAACUCAUUAAUAGCCAUAAAGUAGUGGAUGAAGUUGGAAUUACCAGACCAUCAAAAGGAAUAAAACAUAUGUUUAUACCCGUAGAAAAAGAUAAAGUAAGAACAUUAAUCAAUAUACUCAAAUAUGAUAUAAAAUAUCCAGCGACCAAUAAUACAGUUUAUGGCACCAGCACCGUAAUGGAUAAUACAGUUGAUUCUACUAACUCUGCCAAUAGUGGUGAUGAAUUAAAGAUUCCUAAGAAAAUAAUAGUAUUUUGUAGAAAAGUUGAUGCAGUUAGAGCUAUAGAUCAUUAUUUAACAGAGUCAGGAUUUUCCCCAGUUUCAGUACAUAGUAAAAUGCCAUUUGAGAAAAGACAAGCAAAUUUCAAGACAUUUAGAGAAGCUAAUAAUGCUAUAUUAGUGACAACAGAAUUAAUGAGUCGAGGUCUAAACUUGGAUGUUGAUACUGUAAUAUUAUUUGAUUUCCCAUUAAACCCAAAUGAAUACAUACGAAAAUCAUCAAUACUCUCACAUUCCCCUCUUUUGUACACACUUUUUAGAGAAAAAACAUCAAACUAUAGUCAAUAUACUGUAUAUAAUGAUUUUAUAGAAAAUUCAGAUCAGUGUGAUAAAUAUGUUGUUACGGGUAAACAGUUUGUAAAUUGUUGGGAUGUUCCAUCUGAUGGUAUAAGUCUUAGUAAACUUUUGAUUGGAGAUAAAAGGUGUAUAGGAUUAAUUGAUAAAAAGGAUAGAGUGUUGAGUGAAGCAAUUAAAAGAAGUUUGAGUAUUGAUUACUUUCCAAUAAAUAGACUAAGUUCCAGAAAAAAAGAUUAUAACCAGAUUACAGGAACACUAAAAUACUUAACUCAAGCAGGAGGUUAUUUUAAGUUUAUGAACCAUUUAAGGAAUUUGGAAGUUAAAGGCACAUUUGACCCAGAAGAUAUGUACAAAUAUUUAGAUGAAUUCAGAUCAAUAGUGAAGGAACAAUUUGUUAACAGUUUCAAAAAAGUUAAGCUGAGGCGUGUGAAGAUUUGUAAAAGGAGAAGAGAAUUGAUGAGGAAACUUAAGAUGUUGAAGAAAUGGAAUAAAGCAAUUAGACUGAAACAGAGAAUAAUAUCAGAAAUUGACCUCAAAAAGAGGACAAAGGACUACAUUUAUGUAAACUUUACAAAGGAUGAGAGAAGUUGCCCGCCAAUGAAGAAUUUAAAGAAAGUACGUUUUGAACUCCUUAAACUAAAGCUUCUGAAAGGUUCAAAUUCAGAAAAACUACUCAAAAGAUCAUUAAAUCAGAUACUCAAAUUCAUUAACCGACUUCAAAUCAAGUUAAUUAAUCACAGACGUUUGGUCAAAGAUAUGACUGAGGAUGGUGAAUCAAUAUCUGAUUCUGAACCUACAUUUAAACUAAUUGACAUUGCUAAAAGUGAUAAUAGUGACAAAAAGGUCAAAAGAAUAUGUUCUCUAAUAUAA